UGGCACACCAAAAUGGCCACCGACAUAGGCGUCAGUUUGUUCGCCAAAAGUGUUCCAUUGAAAGUGGACAAUCCAAAGAGCCACAAACCGACAACGCACGAGAAGAAAAUUUCAAAGACAUUGUCGAACUUUUAUUAAGUACACCAGCAUCUAGUAGCGGGGGUGAAAAAAGUGAUUCCGGUGGACACCUUUCUGCCCUGGAAUUAGGAGCUCUGGAUCGAUGAUGAGCAGUAAAUUAAAACGUUGUUCGGCGGGUAUCAAGGCCAAACCCGAGCGAGGGAGUGUGUUCUAUUACGAAACAUAAUGGUGGAGGAAUUUCCCCCGUUGUGAUAUCCUUCGUUCAUAAUGAAAGCAAUGAGGACGGGAAGUUUUAAUUAGAAGCUAAAACACAGCCCCGCGUGAUAGGGCUCCGCAAUGACUAACGGGAAAGAAACAUUAUCGUGUAACUAACAGCAUGUGAACUACGAUUAGCAAAAUACGUACAGAUCACUAGAAAAGUCUUCCUUAAACCUUGAGUGAGCAGUGCAUUCAAUUAGUGUUAAGUUGGUGUGUUGCUAGUGCGGAGCUAGAUAGUUAGCAUGUCUCACUGACAAACCAGCGCCUCGAAUGUAAUCCACAGUCUUCCAAGAGUGUUACAUUGCCAAUAUAUCAGAAUAUAGAAAAAAUUUUAAAAAGUAAUCGAACGUCUUCCAAAUUAGAAUAAUUAAAGAUAAGUAAAUACGCCUUAAAUAUUCUUAUAUGCAAAUUUACGAAGAAAGUAUAUAAAAAACAAGUCAUCAAAAAGGCAAACAUGAAGAAAAAAUUGUCCUCGGCGGCAAAAUUCCGCCGUCGACUGGCAGCGAUGAGGAAAAAAGCCAAUCCCAACCCUUUCACCAGUCGUAAGAAACCGAAGGAGCAAUUUUUCGAGCACGACGUACGAUGCAACGUAGACGCGUCGCCUUCCGUACAGGAAAGAACUGAAGACAUUGAUCCUCCUGAUUCCUCUACCAACCCAGAACAAGAGCCCAAUGCCGCUGUUAAUUAUCCAGAAAAACCAGAAAAAAAUGUAAAACCUGCGACCGCAACACGUUUAUCUUCACUAGAAUCAUCCCAUUCAGAUUGUGACCGGGAGCACACUAACUAUUGUGAGCAGCGGAUGAAAUCAGCCGUGCAAGAAGUAAGCACCCCGGGAGGCAGGCAGCGCACGAAAAGCGGUUCGAUGUUUUUCCGAAAGAAUCGGGACCCCCCAAACAGCUACCACGCAUUAGCGAAAGGGUCAGUGGAACUGAUGAACUGGAACAAUAGGAAGAUGUUGCUGAAGUUGCAACGUCAACUGCGUCUACAGGGACUCUGUUUGUCCACUCUGGCAACGAUGGAAAAUCCGGAUGGUGGAUGCAACGGAAAACCCCGUAGGAUGGCAGAAGCUUUCGGCUCCUCCGGUAACAUCACGAAGGACACCACCAGCGUUGGCUGUCGCUGCCAUUGCGCAUGUUCCGGUGCGCUUCCGGUAACGAAAGAGGCCGGUGGAAUUCCCGAACAAGAACACGCCACCUACCGUGAUGUUAUUGCUGGUGCUGGGCCCCAUAAUGCUCAGCUAAAGAACAGGCGAAAUCGUCAAAAACAACGUGGUCGGCAAAAUUCGGCUUGGUUCGAUGGUACUGUCUCUCAGUCAGGACAUCACGCUCGUCAGUUGCAACAGCAAAUUCAUCCGUGUUCUGCCGAUGGGGAUAGAAUCCAACGGCAGUCUUCUUUAUCGCGCUCUUCAUCUUGUGACUCGGCGGCCUCCGUUGACCGGGUGGAACUUACGAAACAGUAUCGACAGGGGAGGAGAGCAUCAGGUGCCGCUAGCCUGCCGUGUACUUACUUUCAUACAUACCCGGUGGAUCACGGAACAGAGUACCGACAAAGCACCCGUUUUCAACCUCAGCUGCAUCAUAACUAUCUGCAUCAUCGUCAUCAUCCCCACCACAAUCAUCAUCAGCCACAACCACAACCACCGCAUCGUCAACAUUUCUGCAUAAGUACCACAACUGCUGCCGCUACUAGUGGCGCGGCCAGUCAUACUCCUGCCAAUGUUCCGAUUUGCAUGAGAGCUAUGCAUAGCGUUGUAAGUGUGCGGGAAACGCACCACAUCGCCCAGGCCCAGCAGGAAAAGAACGCCAAGUUGCGUGAAGCUUUUGGCAUAUCCCAGUACUUCGUUGAAGGUACGAGCUUCGAUCAGGACCGCAAGGCGAAGGAAGAUCUCGCCAAAUCGGAAUCCGUACAGCGUGAGCUGGCGGAAAAGGAGAAGGCCAAAGAGAUGGAGCGGGCCAACCGGAAGCGGUACGCGCUCGUACGAACGCCCUCGCCGGAAAAGGAAAGCGCUCGCAGCAACGGCAGCAAGCAGCAGCGUACUGCUGAAGACGAACGCGAAGAGGGCGAACACGAGGACGAUGGCGAUGAGGACAUCGAUGCGAAUGGUAGGGAAGGACGGGUUGCUUCCAAAGGUGCGACCAGCGGUACCAUCUCGGCAUCUGCCCGGGGAAAGGAUGAGAAGAAAAAGAAAAAGAAAAAAGCACGAGAUGGGUCUUCGAGUCCUGAGCGCAAGAAGGAUAAAAAGAAGAAAUCAAAGAAGAACAAAAAAGAAAGAUCGAAGAAAAAGCACUCGAAGAAAUCACAUCGCGAGGACGACAGUGAUUCAUCCGACACGGAAUCGGACUCCGAAGACAGUGACGUAUCGUCCGAUUCUGAGCGUGACGGAAGCAACAGCAAGCGGAAGAAAAAGGCAUCGAAGAAAGAGAAGAAGAAGAAGUCUUCGAAAAAGAAGAAAGCUAAAUCUCGCUCACCAUCUCGCAAUAAGUCUCCCGCAGUGUCGCAUAAGAAGGCACCGGUGGAAGACGAGAAGCAACAUGAUAAACGACGUGACAAUUAUCAACACGGCGCAUCUCAAAAUUUGGAACGAAAUAAGCGUCAUUCCGAUCGUGAUGGACGGGUGGUUCGUCCGGACAGUCGAGAUCGUAGCAGCCAUCGGGCACGGGAAGAUAGCCGGGAUCGUGGAAAUCGAGGUGGUGGUCCGCCUCGUUCUGAUCGCUACGAUGACAAACGGUUCAGUGGCAAUCAUCGCGGUGGAGGUGAUUACUAUAGCCGAAAUCGCGAUCGGGAUCAGGAAGGAGGUGGUCGUAUGAUGAAGGAUCAGGAACGUCGUAGCCGAUCGAGAAAUCGUCGUCGGGAGCGGUCUGGCGAUAGGGAACGGAAGGAUAAAUCCCGUUCUCGCUCCGGAAGUCGUAACCGUCGCCGAGAGCGUUCUAUCGACCGGGAAAGAAAGGAGAAAUCCCGCUCCCGCUCUGCAAGCUGCAAUCGUCACGCAAGGGGACGCAGUGUAGAAAAAACUACAAGGUACAAAAACCGCCGAGAGCGCACACCCCGAAGUGCGAAGGUUUCAGAGCGCAGUCAGGAACGAGAUGCGGGACGCGAUAAGGAUCGUGAGCGAGAACGCGAACGUGAUCGUGAACGGGAGCUUGAUCGCGAACGAGAAAGGAAACGAAAGGUUGAAGAUGACCGUAGCCGAGAUCGGGAACGAUAUCGCGAUGGUGACCAGGAUCGUGGCCGUAAUCGGCGUCGGUCGCAAAGUUCGAGCAGAAAAGAAGACGGAUCACCAUCCCGUCGGCGAAGGCAAGGGAAUGAUUCAUCGGUAGCAGCAGGACAUGAUCGCAAAUCGAGCUCGCCGCAACCACCAUCUAGGAAUGAAUCAAAGUUGUCUAGCGCGGAAAGCAAGAUAACUAAGAAAUCGGACACAACGAAAAAGAAUUCACCGGAUCCAUCACGCGCCUCCACCUCCGUAUCGCCAACACAAGCGAAGAAAACGUCUUCUCAUGGGCAAUCUUCUUCCGGAGCUCCUGCAGCGGCAAACUCUUCAGACGAAUGCUCGUCCGAUUUGAGCUAUUCACCGGCCGUACGCGAUCCUGAACGGUAUCGUGAUGUACUGCAACGUAAAAAAGCAUCUUCCAGCGAGAAAGAGGUCCAUGAUACCAGCAACGAGAAAAAGCAAACGACUUCACGCUCACCACGUCGAUCGCAAAAACCAACCAGCCCGAAUGCUGGGGAAAGAAGAGUGAAAAAAGAGUUUGAAAAAGGAAGCGAAAAAUCUAAGCCAUCGGUGGUAGUACAACGACGCACGUCUGUGAGUCCACGCUCUGGAAAUAGUGGUCGAUCGAGCAGCACACAGCAUCAUUCUGCUGCUCGGGAUCGUUCACGAUCAUGUUCGCGCUCCGGCAAUCGCAGGUCCAUUUCACCUAGAAAAAAGGAAUCCAAUCGCCGUUCAUCUCCAGACUCAAGGAAACGCCGAGACCGUGCUCCAUCCUCGAAUGCGCCGCCAGUGGAUACCACGUCUGACGUGUCUUUGGUGAAACCAAUUAAAACGGAAACGUCCCGUUCCCGUUCGCCGGAGGUAAAAAAGCGUCGCCAGGAACGAGAAAGCCAUUCCCGUAAGGACUCGCCACCGUCUAAAGCUUCGAAAUUGGGACAAACCGAGCGUGAGGUACCAGAAACAAGAAGAAACGAACCACGCAGCAGUCCGGAACAUCGAAAUGAUUCAAGGAAAACAAAAUCAAAGAAAGCCUCCUCAUCCUCUACCACCGCUACGUCGUCAUCCGGGGUGCCCUCGUCGUCCUCCGCAAUCGUGCAACAGCCGGUUGUAAAGUUACACUCCCCCGAGACACACACAGCUUCCGAGUCAGAUGGCGAAGAUCCGGAACAUCAGCACAACGAUCAAGAACGUGAUCGGGACGAUUUGGACGCGUUCCUACCGACGUACGAUGAAACCCACGAGCAGGAGAAAGAUCUCUCACUGCUCAAAGCACUAAAACACGAUCUUGCGGCAAAGGCUAAGCAAAGUUUAGAAAAGAAAAAAUCCGUCUCCGAAAGUGGUGCCAUAGUUGGUGGCUUGCUGGGUGUUGGUGGAAAGUCGCACGAUGCUCCCACCAUCGCCGAGUCUCGUGUCGGGGAAAAUCGUGAACGAGAGAUUCAACUGCUCCAAGCAAAGCCACACCAGCAACAGCAAACAGAAGCAGCAAAAGCUUCGCCUUUUUCGAAUGAUGCAACUGACAAGCAGGCAAUAUCCGGAAAACCGGAUGCUGCUCGUGAGAGAAAGAAUAGCAACAGCGGUAGCAGCAGUACCCAGAUGAAAAAGGACAUCCAUGAAAUACUGAGCACCGUCGGGGCGUGUGCCGUUGCCGAAGGUUCGGAAGCCGCGGCCAGCUUAGCAAAGACCACUAUUCUUCAGGCGAUGGAUAGCAUACUGAAGGAAAAGAUAUCUGGUGCCACGAAAGACAAACCGUCUACGGCCAGCAGUAAGACAACUCGAGCAAGCACCAGAAGCAGUCAUUCGCGAUCCCGAUCCCCUUCACGUUCGCAUAAGUCGCGUAGCUACAGCAGCUCUAGCAGCGAGUCGAGAAGCUCUCGAUCGCACAGUCGCUCGUCGUCGUCGCAUAGUCGCAGCUCGUCGGAUCGAGCCAGCAGUCGCUCCAGAAGUCGCUCGAGCAGCCAUUCGUCGCACACUACCGUGCGCUCACGUACAGGUUCCAGAUCGCCAUCGAUACCGCGACGCGCCGGGUCUCCAUCGUUCCUGGAUCGUCGUCGUAUCACCAGUGCUCGGAAACGUCCGAUACCGUACCGCAGACCGACACCAUCGUCACCGUCGAGCGUAAGCAGCUACCACAGCCGUGGGAGCCAUUCUAGAAGCCGUAGCCGAAGCAAAAGUUAAAUGUACCCCUAGGUCACGCGGGGUACGACAGUGGUGGGUUAGCUACUUCCAUUCACCCCCUACACCGGAAAGAGAAGGAGAACUAUAUAGUCGACAAAGGCAACGACGUUUCACAUUCCGAGGGCCAUGCGAGUAUUCUAGUGAAUAUAUUAUCAUCACGGAACGGAAACUGCAAAGCAAUGCUAUUAUUUUGGAAGGGAUGGAUAGUAAUUUUUAACCCGUUGGAUAUGGAAUUUAGGAAGCUUAAUGACUCACAAAAAUACUCAAUGCACACCAUCCAAUUUUGGUAGAAUAACUACCCGUGUGUGUGUGAAGUUAUUGCAAUGUUAAUUAUGAAAAUACAAAAGCAGAAAUAGUCGGAGAGAAAGUUCAAUCAUCUCAGUUAAGCAAUUAUUAGCCAUACAAGCAAGCAAAAACAGUUGCAAUAAUAAUUUAAAAUGUACGAUUUUUUUCCAACACACAUUCCUAGUCCAAAACUUAAGUCUUGUAAAGAUUUAAUGAGAUCUAUUGUUUUUAAGCAAGCGUGCAAUUUGAAAUUUUCUACAUCUAGCACUUCAUAAAUGAUAUUCUUUUUGCAUUAGGUUUAUUUAUUCAUUCCUAUUUAUACUAUCGGACACUUGCCGUGAACUUGUAGUGUACAAGAAGCAUUCCAAAGAGAAAAUCAAUAUGGCACUUUCUUGACGAAUAAGCAGAUACGUGAUCAAGGAAAACUUCACAUCAAUAAAAGCAUUAACUUACG